AGGGAUUUACAGUCAUGCUCCAUGAUUCAAGAGUGUGAUUUUCAGAGAGAAACAGAGCCUUUGGAUAUGAUUUAGCAGGUGGCUGUUUUGGGCUUGUCUUCGCAUAUAGGAGUUAGGAAAUACUUUAAAGGUUUUCACUUAAGAGAGGCUGCGAGUUUGAUACAUAUCUCUUCUCAGUUGUAGUGAGAGUUCAUGAUCUGGGUUCUUGGGCUUGUCCGCUGUUCAUAUAAGAUCGAGACCGUUCAGAAUUCCCUAGUAAGCUUUUUUUUCUUUCACUUUCCUGGGUUUUUCUUGCAGCGGAAACAAAAGGGUUUCAACUUUUCCAGUAUAGUUUAGUUCGAUGGUUUUACAACUAAGCUAUUGCAGUGGAAGUUGAUCUUUCUAUGUUUAAUUUGAGGUAAGAUCUAAUGUGAUUUGAAUGCAAAGAUGAAAUCAUUGAGUAGUGUAGGACUUGCUCUGAGUGUAGUUUUUGGUUGCCUCUUCUUGGCUCUUGUUGCGGAGCUUUACUACUUAUUGUGGUGGAAGAAGAGGUUAACCAACAGAGAGAUGGAAAAUGAUUACAGCGGCCCAGCAAGCGAGCUGUUCUACAUGUUUUGCUGGAAAAAGUCUACUUCUUUGAGGCACACAGCUUUGGAUCCCCAAGAACUCCGUUCUUCUAUGGGAAUCACAGGCACCCUUGUCCAUGAACCAGAAGGCCAGCUUCAUAUGCAGUCAAACAAGGAUUUUUUGCUUAAACCCUUCGGAGAUGAUGACAUGGAGACAGAGUUCAUGAGGCUGCAAAACCUCUCAGGCCCUCCGAGAUUCCUGUUCACAAUUAUAGAGGAAACCAAAGAGGAUUUAGAAUCUGACGAUGGCAAGUCUAGGGGUGACAAGAGUGGAAAGGGCUCCAGAAGUAGAAGCUUAAGCGAUUUGCUUCUACCAUCGGAGACACCGUAUUUGACCCCCCUGGCUUCCCCAUCUUUUUUCACUCCCCCUGUCACUCCUAUGAAUUCUUACAAUCAGCAUGGAUUCAACCCUCUCUUUGAAUCAGCAACAGAUGCAGAGUUCAAAAGCAUAAAGUCCUCACCUCCUCCAAAGUUCAAGUUCUUAAAGGAUGCAGAAGAGAAACUAAAAAGAAAAUUAAUAGAAGAAGCCAAGGAAAAGGUUCAUAGCGCCGAUGAGGAUGUCCAAGAAAACAGAAAUCCAGCUUCCCCAUCAAAGUUUCAUAAAGACGAGGAAGAUGGGCCUUUCAUCACAAUCAUUGUUGAUAAGCAUAAAGAAAGAGAUGUUAAUCACCAUCCACUACAGUACCAUUCAAGCACUUCACAGGUUCUUGUGUUUAUCUCAAUUUCUUUUGAGGGGUUUGGGGAUGCAGUUACAGGUUAAACAUUCUUAACCCUUGUGCUCUGAAUCUUUUGUUUUUGGGGACGGGGGCACAUUCUCUGCAACUUUGACAUGGAGAAGUGGGUCUGAUGCAAGUGGUGGGGGACCUGUGGAGUUAUUUGUUUUAUUCAAUCUCCAUGUCUCCUGAGUUGUCUCAUAGCUGUAAUUCUCAUGAGUGAUGGUCCAACUGAUGCUAUUGUCGAACCAGCUCUGCAAAAGCUUUUUUCCCCGCUAAAUUUCUAGCCUUUA